AGCAGGGUGUCGACCCAUGGCCGUGUCCGCCUACUGCUGAGUAAGGGGCAUUCCUGCUACCGACCACGGAGGACUGGAGAAAGAAAGCGCAAAUCUGUUCGGGGUUGCCUUGUGGAUGCCAAUCUCAGUGUUCUCAACUUGGUCAUUGUGAAAAAAGGGGAGAAGGAUAUUCCUGGACUCACUGAUAUUACUGUGCCUCGUCGCCUGGGGCCCAAGAGAGCUAGCAGAAUCCGCAAGCUUUUCAAUCUCUCAAAGGAAGAUGAUGUCCGCCAGUAUGUUGUGAGAAAGCCCCUAAAUAAAGAAGGUAAGAAACCUCGAACCAACGCACCCAAGAUACAGCAUCUUGUUACUCCACCUGUCCUCCAACACAAACGUUGGCGCAUUGCUUUGAUGAAGCAGCGCAGGAAGAAAAACAAGGAAGAGGCUGCAGAAUACGCUAAGGUUUUGGCCAAGAGAAUGAAGGAGGCCAAAGAAAAGCGCCAGGAACAGAUUGCCAAGAGACGGAGGCUGUCUUCUCUGAGAGCUUCUACCUCAAAGUCUGAGUCCAGUCAAAAAGGAGAUUGUUGUAAGAGGAACAAAUAAAUAAGAUCAGACAUAAAAAAAAAAAAAAA